AUUAUCGGCCGUAUUCAGCUGUCGCGGUACUGCUUGCCGAAAUUAGGUGACGUGUGCCGUUGUAUAUGUGUUUUUUUCGCACUCACCGGGCUGUUAGAGACGCAGACAUUGUGCGAAGCGCUUUGCACAGUUCUUUUAGUUUAGGGCCCUAGUGUUAGUAAAAAUUUUGCAAAAAUGUGGAAGGUGCUACAGCAUUUCGUUGCACUUUGUGUAAUAAUCCACUCGACGUCGGCUCUGUACUUUCACAUAAGCGAAUCCGAGAGAAAAUGUUUCAUCGAGGAGAUUCCAGAUGAAACAACUGUUAUAGUUAACUACAAAGUAGAGCUGUACGAUCCAAGAAGCCAAGGUUUCAUGCCCAGCAGCCCUGGCAUUGGUAUGCACGUUGAGGUCAGAGAUCCUGAUGACAAGGUCGUACUGUCCAGAGUUUACAGCUCUGAAGGUAUGAUUUCCUUUACCUCGCAUACUCCUGGAGAACAUGUAAUUUGUUUGUAUUCAAAUAGUACUGCAUGGUUCAGUGGCGGACAGCUGAGGGUACAUUUGGAUAUUCAAGUUGGAGAACAAGCUAUUGACUACGCUAAUGUUGCUCAAAAAGAAAAGCUCACAGAACUUCAACUGAGAAUUAAGCAACUCAUGGAUCAAGUUGUACAAAUUACCAAGGAGCAAAGUUAUCAAAGAUACCGUGAAGAAAGAUUCAGACAAACAUCCGAGAGUACAAACAAAAGGGUACUCUGGUGGUCUGUUGCACAAACUGUUAUUCUAGUAGGCAUGGGAAUUGGACAGAUGCGUCAUCUGAAGAAAUUCUUUGAAGCAAAGAAAUUAGUAUAAGCAUCAAAAUUCAUAUGUGAUAGUCGAAAAUUGCAUGAAUCAAGAUUGUAUUUGUUGUAUAGUGGACAAUGAUCUAUUUGAAAUGAAAAGUUGAUACUUCAAGUUUUUUUUUAGGUAAAUGAUAAACUGAAAAAUUUCCGUUGUUUUCUGUUAAUAUUUUAAUUUUCUACAGUGAAAGAGACUCCUACAUUCACACUUAUAACUGAUAAUAUUCAUCUGUAAAUUCAAUGUUCAUACAAAACUUGUAUUUUAUACCAUAAAUGUAAUUACAAUUAUAUAUAAAAAACAGUUAUUAUUUAAAAUUCAA